AUGGGAGACCAACAACAGGCCCGCGGCGGGUGGUGGUCCAACCCCCACGACCCCGAGUCCACGGACCCGGAGUUGUUAAAACAGAAUUCAGAGAUACGCACGUUCAAAACAGAUCGCUACACUUAUGCUGAUAUCCGCAUAUUCUACAAACGGCAUCAACAGGCAGACCAGCUGCCCAAGCCAUCCAUCCCCUUGCUCGUCUUCAUUCACGGGUUGGGAGGCUCAGUGGCACAAUUUCACCCGCUGCUGACCAGCCUUGUCCACAUCUCAUCAUGUCUGGCCAUCGACCUGCCCGGAUGUGGGCGAUCCAAGUUUGCACAGACGUCAUGGGAUGCCUACAGUCCGGAAGCACUGGCUGAGCUGCUGGAAGUCAUCAUCGACGAGUACCGCCAGAAGGAGCCUGACCGCAACGUGGUUCUCAUCGGCCAUAGCAUGGGCACGACGAUGUGUGCACAACUGGCUAGCCGCAACACUACGCACCGAACAGAUUUAAGAACACACAUCGUGGGACUCGUAGCGAUUUGCCCCGUCUCUGGACCUCCACCAGCUGACAAGACGGCGCUGUUCCGCAAACUUUUGUGGGUUCCCGGCUGGCUUUUCGAUCUGUGGAGGGCCUAUGACCGAUGGGGAGGACCGCAGAGUGCCAGCGUGAGCCGGUUUGUCGGACCGGGAGCAGACCUCGAGCUGCGCAAGCUGCAAGACCGGUUUAACAACCAGAGUCGCACACCGGUAUGGCGCCGUAUGGCUUGGGGGUCUUUACCCACGUUCAAGAAUGGCGUUGCCAGGGGUGGUGUGCCCGGAAAGGACGUAUGGGCCGGCGUUGACGUACCCGUAUACCUUGUUGGCGGGGAGGCAGACAAACUAACCCCUCCUGGCGAAGUCGGCAAGAUCGAGGAGUAUCUUCAAACCAAGGCACCGCUGUCACCAGAGACGGGUUCGGAAGAUGGCCAUGAGACCGUCGUCGACUCUGCUGCGCCAGUCAACACCUCCCAAAACGUCACCGAUCAUGUGCCUGAGAGCAUCGACGACAUCCGAGAUGAGGACUUCCAGCGAGACAGACGACUGGAUGAAGGUGCAGACACGACUGAGGACCCCUCUACGCCAGAUGAAUCAUCUCCUGCAAACCUUCCGCCUCAGCCUCGACAUCCCACCAAGGUGGUCAAGUCAAUCAUCAUCCCGGCGCCUGCCAAUCACGCUGUACUGUUCAUGCCCUCGACCGCUCGGGUUCUCGCCCAUCACAUUUCCGACUUCCUAGCCUGUCACGUCACCGGUCGCUUCUCCCUGAAAUGGCAGCUGCAGCACCUCUCGCGUGAGGGCAAGUGGGACGUGAAGAACCUAGCCAAGUGGAAGAAUGUCGUACCGGUAUCGCUCCCGAUAGGGCCCAAGGGCAAGCCUGCCGUCUUCCGGGCGAUGAAGACUUUGCGAGAAGCCGACGAUGUACACUGCCCUGCCGAGUUCGUCAAGAACUGGGGCAAGAUUAUCAAGGACGUUGUUGACAUCAGUCACGACCAGCCUGUCUACGAUCCUAGAAGCAUGGAGAAGGGCGGCGUGCGCUACCACAAGUUCGCCACGGUGUCCAAGGUUCCGCCCAGUGAGGGAGAAGUUGCGCAUUUUGUGGCGCUUGUGGACAAGCUGAGGGAAGAGCAGAAGAAGAGAGCUGAAGAGGAAGGAUGGGAAGCGGUCGACGGAGAAAACCAGGUCAUUGGCGUUCACUGCCAUUACGGGUUUAACCGCACGGGUUACUUCAUUGUAUGCUACCUGGUCGAGCGGUGCGGACUAGGUGUGCAGGAGGCGAUCGACACGUUUGCGGAGGCGAGACCUAAUGGGAUCCGACACUCGCAUUUCUUGGACAAACUACAUCAAGUCUAUGUCCUCAACAACUACAUCAAUAACUACAACUACCACUACAAUAGCAACUGCAUCAACAACUACAACAACAAUCACAAUAACAACUACAAUCACAACUACAACAAAAAACCCAAAAUGAACCGCUUUCGAGUCUACGCAACCAAGACCCUCUCGGGCACCGUCACUUCGCCGCGUACGUUCCACGCGUGCAAGCUCAGCCACGACUUCGGCUCCGCGCCAGCCCCCAAGCCGGCACAACAACAACAAAACAACACCAUCGCAGCCGCGGACAUCGAGUCCCACGUCCAGAAGCUGGCGGCGCUGGUCAAGAGCGCCAGGGAUGCGACCGAGCGGAUCGAGGGGCACGUCGGCGUGCGGGGAUGUAUCGUGGACGACGGCCGCAAGCUCGCGGGCCCGUUGUACAGGGCGAUCGGGUUCGAUGUGAACGUCUUUCAGAAGGUGGACAACGCGGAUGUGAUCCGCCGGAAGUUGGCCGCGUCGUUUUCUGGCGAGGGUAUGGUCAAGGACGAGGGCGAGGGCGGCAAGGUGUUGGAGAGGUUGAGAGAGGUGCAGGGGGAGAUGGGGGAGGUGCUUGGACGGCUGGAGGCGGUGGAGAGAGAGUCGAGGGUGCCGCCAUAG